UGAAUUUCGGUCCUGGUCCAAUCCCAAUAUAUAAAUAUAUCGAUACUGCUUAAUAUUUUAUUCGUAUAAUUGCAUAUAUAAAGUUUAAAAAAGAGAGAGAGAAACCCAACCCAAUAAUAGAUGUCCUCAAAUCUCAUUUUGCUGAAGAUCAUCUAUCAAACUAAUAGUUCUGAUUUUUACAGCGUUUUUAGAUGAAGCUACUUUCAACAAAAGAAUUCCGACCAUACUUUGGCUUUGAAGUUACUUCUUUUCUGGCACUGUCGGUGCCAGAACGGUAUUUUGCCGUGACAGGAUUUUUUUUGUGAAUUUCAGAUGUCAAGUUGUAAUGGUGAAAGUGAAGUAGACAAAGCUCGAACAGCAGUGAAAAAUGCAUUAAAACCUACAAUAUUUUCAAAGAUACUGGAUAAAACAAUACCAGCUGAUAUAUUGUAUGAAGAUAAUAAAUGCAUGGCAUUCAGAGAUGUAGCACCUCAGGCUCCAGUACAUUUUUUGGUGAUACCUAGAAAAGUUAUUCCUUCCUUGAGUGAUGCUCAAGAUGAAGAUACUGAGCUUUUAGGUCAUUUAUUGCAAGUUGCUAGAAAGGUUGCUGAAAGAGAAGAUUUGUCUAAUGGUUAUAGAGUUGUAAUCAACAAUGGAAAAGAUGGUUCCCAAUCUGUUUAUCAUUUGCAUAUACAUGUUCUGGGAGGAAGACAAAUGCUGUGGCCUCCAGGUUAAAUUUUACAUAUCACAUAUGCAUCUGGUUCAUACAAUGCCGUGAAAAAUGACAGAUAAAAUACAAUUGCUUUGAAGAGAUAAAGCAGUUCAAAAUACAAUGUAAAAUUACAUUCAAGGUAUGAAAUACUGUAUAUUUUUAAAUAAAAUUGUA